UCCACCGACCAACAAAACCCGUUACUUGAUGCCGCCGAAUAAACUUAUUCCAUCGACUUGGUACCACUACCACCUCAACACCGCACUAAGACAUGCAAAUGAAGGCAUACAUAAGAUGAGACUACACAUCAUGCAAAACACCGAGUUUCCCCUCCCGUGCACCGACGAUGACCAUCCGCUCAAGGAGCAAAUCGGAGCUUCUCGCACGAUCGUUUUGAAUGGGCGUAUUGGUGGAUCUCCCCUGAAGACCGCGACUUGCCGCCGAAACUGUGGAGUUUUGAGUUCUUUCCUGAUCGGAUUGAGGAAGAACAUGGGUUGGCUCUGCUGUUCCGGAAGGCUUGCGCUGGGAUCCUUGUCGUCUUCGGAUCAAGAAACGUCUGCUUGCCAUGAGGACGAGGGGGAGGAGAAGCAGCAGCAGCAGCAGCCGCCCAAGUUGCAAUCCGCUGGGAUGGGAAAUAAGCGGAGCAGGAAGACGGCGCCGGAGAUUGCCGGCGUUGGCGGGAAGGAUGGUAGGCCGCCGCCGCCAGCCGCCAAGGAGACGACAUUGUCUGAUAAGGGGAAAUCAAAGGCAUCACAAACAGACAUGUUUUCCAGCAAAACCUUCAGAGCAGAAUCAGGGAAGUCACCAGGGACCUCAAGUACCCCGAAAACCGCAGUUUCUCGCAUCAGGUCCUGUAUUGCUGCCAAAGAAACUAGGACAAUAGAGAUCAUGGCCUUUGAGGUUGCCAACACAAUUGGCAAGGGCUACAAUCUGAUGAAAUUCCUCUCCGAACAAAGCUUGAGGAACCUGAAGUCUGCGGUGCUUCAGUCACAAGGCGUCCGAUGCUUGGUUUCAGAUGAUUGCAACAAAUUGCUUGCUCUUGUCGGAGCCGAAAAAGGGGAGGAGUUCAAGGAGUUUGCUACAGAUGUUGCUCGGUACGGAAACCUGUGCAGAGAUCCCAAAUGGCACAACUUGGAUCAGCAUUUCUUGAGGUUGGAGUCUGAACGCACACAUCAGAAAUACUCUAAAGAAGCAGCAGCAUCCAGUAUGCAGUAUCUCAUGGCGCUUGCGGAGCAGACAGUGCAACUGUACCAUGGAAUGCGCCGGCUCGACAUCUCCGAGGAGAUGUACAAGAAAAGUUAUCAAGAGCACAUAGAAGGAAAGGAGGACCAAUUCUGUUCACAUCAAUCUCUUUCGAACGCCGUGGAGAUCGAAAGAAAGUUCGUCAAGGACUUGAAGAAGCAAACACUUUGGAUCAAGAAGAUGGAACAUGUUGUGGAGAAGCUUGUUUGCGUUGUACAUUUCUUGCGGUUAGAGAUAAAAAAUGUUUUCAAGAAAUGCGAAGAUGAAUCAGUGGAAGUGAAAGGGACGAUUCAGCUAACUUUAGGGUCUGCCCAUCUCGCACUGCAUUAUGCAAACAUCAUUUUCAAGAUAAAGAGUUUGGCAUCAUUUGUACCGUCGAUUCCGAAAAGCGGCGUUGAUUCAUUGUACCAAGCGCUGCCCCCUUGUGUCAAAUCAGCCAUACAAACCAAGUUGAAAUGUCAUGAGCACAAAGAAAAGAGGACAGUUGAACAGCUCACAUAUGACAUGAACAAGACGAUGAAAUGGCUCUUGCCAAUGGCAGAAUCCACAAUAAGGGUGGGGCGUCGAAUGCUUGGUGAAUGGCAGGACCAAGGGGAGCCCAACGCAACCAAUGGCAGGAAGGCGCUCAAGAUUCAGACGCUAUACCAUGCUGACAAGGAGAAGACCGAACACUACAUUCUGGACAUGGUGCUGGCUCUCCAUCAUCUCGUACGUGCGAUCCAUGCGAGGCUCGACAAGUUCUUGGACAGCACUUCUAAUCGGUCGGCGAUGCAGGAGGGGGGCAAUUCAGUUAGCACUAGCCAUGGUGGACCGGCCAGCCCUUUUUACGGUGGAAGGGAUAGCCCCCGGAUCUCCCUAUCAAUGAUAACUGUACAUGACAGUAUACAGCGUUAGGCUCAGCUUCCAGGUUCAGGGCAGAAAAUAAAUGGUGGAUCAGUCAGCCGAUAACCAUGGCCAACUAGAGUUGUGGCCGUGUGGACCGAUCGAUGCAGAGCCUGAGGGAGCAGCUUCCUUUCCUUUUUCCAAAAAAGAGUGACCUGUUAGAAUUAUACAAGUGUUCAUGCAAAUUCUGCUGCAA